AUGUGUUUUCUCCACUACAGGGAUACUAACACGUCGUCAAAAUUCAGAAGCAUCAUCUCAAAAUGUGAAGUGAUCCAAGAAGGAUCUCCUUCCUGCUUCAAGCUGACAACAAAGACAGAGCCUGUUGGGAAUUUAAGAAGAGUGACCUUUGGUAGAAGAAAUGUGGACUGGCCCAAUAAAACCAUCUUACUUGUUGGUGAAACAGGAGCAGGAAAAUCUUCUCUGGUCAACUUUCUGGUCAACUACACCAUGGGAGUGAAGUUUGAGGAUGACGUCUGGUUCGAUAUCCUAGAGGAGAAGGAAAAAAGUCAAUCAGAAAGUCAGACAUCAGAUGUGAUCGUGUACAAGAUCUUUGGUUUUGAGGGUCAAACUCUGCCCUACUCUCUGACCAUCAUCGAUACUCCUGGAUAUGGAAGCACCGAAACAAUAGAACAUGAUGUCGUUGUGAGUCAAAGAUUGUUUGACUGGUUUCGGGUGGAGGACGGAGUUCAUGAAGUGGAUGUUGUGGGUCUGGUGAUGAAGGCCACAGAGAAUCGACUCAGUGACCGACUGUCAUACGUCUUUAAUUCAGUGAUGUCUCUGUUUGGAAAAGACCUGGAGAAAAACAUCGUAGCUCUCAUGACACAUUCAGACGGGUUAACAUCUACAGAUGCCCUUGAAGCCCUUAAAGUCGCAAAGAUUAAAUGUGCCAAAAAUGAGGAGGGACAGCCCGUUCACUUCCUGUUCAACAACCGCCAGCGUCAAGACCGAUCACAGCAAACACAGAAACUAGAAGAAGCACAUCAAAUAUCGAUUGAAGGAAUGAAGGGACUCAUUGCUUUCAUGGAAAAAACUGCUCCUCAGAAACUGGAGGAAACUUUGUCUGUUCUGAAAGAACGCAUAAGACUGACGGCCUCCAUCCAAAACCUGAACGACAGAAUUCACUUGACUGAACUGAAGCAGGAAGAGCUCAGACAGACCAAAGAAGCUCUGAAGAAACAUGAACAAGAAAUGAAAAUGAACGAAGAGUUCACUGUAGAAGUUGAUGAGCCCUACAAAGUAAAAGAAGCUACUGGUGGCAGGAUGUGGGGACUGUUCUUCUUUGAAGGAGUCGUCCGUUGCAGACAUUGUAAGGAGAACUGUCACUAUCCUGGAUGCACAGUGGCCUGGACACCUGAAUACUGUGAGGUGAUGAAGAACGGCCGCUGUACCGUUUGCAGCAGUAAGUGUCUGGCAUCAGCUCAUGUCAAAGACAAAUGGGUCUAUGUGGAAAAGACACGGAAGGUCAAGAAAACACUGACAGACAUGAAAAAGACGUAUGAAAGCAAUAAAGCAGAAGCUGCAAAGAAAACCAGUCUUCUGGAAAAACUUCAACAAGAAAUAGAAAAUCUUGAAAAAGAUAAAGAGCAGUGGCUGGAGGAGGCCUACCGACAUGUUGAAAGGCUUAAGCUCAUCGCCCUGAAUGUUGAUUCAGUGUCCACUCAUGUCCACUUGGACUUCCUCAUUGAGAAGAUGAAAAACAAAGGAGACACAGAGAAGGUUCAGAAGAUGAAAGAAAUGGCUCAACAAGCCAACAAACACCUCCAGAGUGGGAUCCAGUACGCUGCAAGAAUGUGGAAAAAGUUGACAAGAAGCAAUGAUGAAAUGAGAGACGCUGAAGUCUAGACUCAGACUAAUCUGCACUAACCAUUCAGAUCAUUAUAGGAUUAUACUAGUUUGAAACUACAGACAACGUUAAGUGUUGGUUCAGAUUAAAUGUGUUAACCCUCAAUGAACAUAAUCAUUUUGCAUGUUUUUGUUAAUAUAUUCAAAGUUUUGUUUCAUGAAUCAUUUGAAACGAGCAGGUGGAUGUUUCUGUCUUCACUGAAUGAAAAUCAUUUUUCCACUGGUUUUACAAUAAGUUACAGAUCAAUAGUUUAUUGUUCCUAUUAAUUAAGCUUCCAACAUUUUGUAAAUACCUUGUGCAUUAUUGAUUAUCCUUCAUCAAGUUGACCAAUUUCUGUUGGUAUUUCUUGAAAACAAAAAAAAAUGAAAUUUUGUUUAAAAAGAUAAGUCCUGAGUCUCAGUGUUGGGUUCUGUCUGAUUGUCUACAGUGGCCCUGAAAGUCAAAACACAUGGACAUCUAAGAUUAUGGAAAGGGUGGGGGCAACACUUCUGGUUUCUGAUUGGACAGAACCACUGAUUUUACAAUAAUGUUACAGAUCAAUAGUUUAUUGUUACUAUUAAUUCAACUUCCAACAUUUUGUAAAUAACUUGUGCAUUCCUGAUUAUCUUUCAUCAGGUUGAUUCAUUUCUGUCACUGAGCCGAUGAGAAUGAAGGUGAAGAAAUGUUUCAUGAUUGUUGAACCAACCUGUCGGUGAUUUAAACCUCAGAUUUCUGUCAAGUUCUGACAAAAUAAAUAAACAGUAGUUUGCGAACAUAUGUUAUCGCUCAUGUUUCUUUGCUUCAAGUUGUAUUUGAGUCAGGAGCAUAGAAGUAUAGGAAGACAAUUAUGGACAAUGGACAUAAAGUUAACAUUCAAAUUAAAAUUACGGGUAACUGCAGUACCCUAAAACACCUUUUAUACACUUUUACAUCACCUCUAUUAUGAGUAAUUUCACUUUGACUUAGACUUAGACAGACUUUAAUGAUCCAUGGGGGAAAUUACUUUGUUGCUGUAGCUUUGUUGCACAUAAAAGUAAACACAAUAAAGAUAAAAUAAAAUUAGAUUAAAGUAAAAUAAAAAUAAAAAGUAAUCACAGGAUUACAGGAUUAGCAUUAUGAAAAAAUAUACAAAAAUAGUUGGCAAAAACAGUGUCUGAUGUGGUUGUUUGGUCAGUUGUAUAGGAAUCUCGUAUGCUUUGGGAGCAACACUUUGCAUUCAUGACUAAAACUGAUCCUUGUGGGACUGAUUUAGCUACUUUUAUAAUAGUCUAUAAGUCAUAAUAAUGAGUUGAUGAAUUAUUUCAAGUUUCUUUGUUUAAAGGAUUCAUCUGUAACAACACGUUCUCAAAUAUUUUGAUUGUAAAAGUCUAAAAAGUCUAGUUUUAUUUUGUCCUUGUGUUUUACUUUGAUUGAUUAUUGGUUUCUCCUGGUGUGAUUGCCCUCAUUAGUUUCACCUG